GCAAAACCAGCAAGAAUGGAUCGGGAUCCUUAUCCUGGCAUGGCAUCCUCGGCUGUGUACGACACAGGAAGGUCUUUCCUCCAUCAACUCAAUCCGGCGAUGAUCAACCCCUGGAACUUACCAAUCAUGGUUCAGCCACCAGAGAGUAGACUCGACCGAUCAGAGACAGGAAAUCAUGGAUCUGCUGAACUUGCAGCGUCAUUGCAUCAUACGACAGAGCAGCGCAUCGAACUACUGGAGUUCAUCUGUACUGGCUCAAGGAGCCACACGGUGCUCUGUGCUCAUGAAGUUGGCUCAGCCCAUGUAGCUGAAUCAGUUCAGCUCAGCUAGCUCAGCUCACUUCUGUGGGGAGGUAAUCAUCCUCGAUCGCAGACGCGUUGGACCGAGGAAUUUGAGCCUCGAUCGUGUUAUGCACGUGACACUUCUCUCUCUUUUGUCUUUACUAGAGCAAAACACAAGACAAGACCAAAAACACCAACCCACCACGAGGAGGAACAGGCAGACAGACAAGACUCCCCAUAUUGACAGUCACAUCUCGCAUGAGCACCAUGACCACUCACAGCAAAACAAAACCCACCACCACCGACGAUCAGCACGACGAUCAUCGAGCCCCCCCCCCGACACGGACACCUCCCGGUCGCCCAAUGAGGAAGAUAUUCCCUGAGCUGGCAUACCUUCUGAAACUGGCAUGGUCAGAUAAUUAACUGGGAGGUGGGAAAUAACUCCUGCUCCUGGUGCCGUCAUUGCGUUGGAGGAUGUAUGCUGGGGCAUUAUGGGUAGAUUUGAUGUUGCUCGUCAUGAUAUGAUCGUGAUUGUAGGAUAUAUAGUGUAACUGACCGGAAUAUAGAUUCUGAUCUCAGAUCGUAUAAUAUAUUUCUACCUACCUGCUUGUAGG